AUGGCCAAGCAUGUCAAGUGGUCCUGUGAGAACGACUUCCUACCGGAGGAGAGUUACGAUAGCGUCGUCCAGGUGAUGUCCGAACUCUCAUCACUGGUGAACACACCGGAGGGACUUAUUGAAGCUGCUGAGCAGGGGGCAACUCUAACAUCGGAUGAUGUCCACUGGAUCACGAAGCACAUGAAAAAAGAGGAGGUUAUACAUGGCCUCUACGGUUUCGAGGAUGCUGAGACGGGUGCAACAAAUGGUGCCUGCAGCAAGAAAGGCGUAGCUUGUGACGAAGGAUCUGGAAGCCUCGGGGCAGGCACACCGUGGGAUGGUGCGAAGGUGAAGUUCUGCUAUGAUGUCGCGCUUGCCGCGAGCGCGAGAGAAGCGCUGCAAUGCGCCAUGGCAAAGAUCACAGGUCAUGUUCCCGGCAUCAUGUUUGAGAACGUGCAGUACGCCGGGCUCGACCGGUGCGGCGCGUCGCCAGCUAUUUACUUUCAGUCCAAUGGCCGGCGCAGUGGCGGCGGCUGCUGGUCAGACAUCGGCAUGUCAACUUCCCUAUUUGGUGGGAAUCAGAAAUUGAAUUUGCAAUCCCCUGGUUGCGACAACUGUGGCACGGCAACCCAUGAACUCCUCCAUGCCUUGGGAAUGGCGCACGAGCAGUCGAGACCCGAUCGCGACGGCUUUGUCACCAUCGUGUGGAACAACAUCAAGCAAGGUAUGGAUGGUCAGUUUACCAAGAACCCACGUGCAGACACCGCAAGACCGUAUGAUAUCAUGUCCAUCAUGCAUUAUGGUUCCCGAUCCUUCUCCAAGAACGGUCAAGACACAAUCCUGGUGAAGCCUAGCGGGUACCACCUUUACACGACCAAUCCUUCGCAGUUUGCGUACUAUCGCGUCGGCCAGAGAAUGGGCAUGAGCAGGCAAGAUGUGUCUCAGCUUGCUGACCUUUAUGGAUGCAGUCCAGCUAGCAACUACCAGAGUUGCCAACCUUCUGGCGGUGGUGGUGGUAGUAACUUCAUUGCCAUUUUGAGCCCAGAGGGCGCCUUCUCUGACACCGGCUGCACAGCUGCAUGCUAG